AUGAAUCAAAUUAGUUCGUUUAAUCAAUUACCGACUGAAUUACUUCAUAUUUUGUUUCAAUACCUUCGAACAGAAGAGAUUCUUCAUUCAUUUUCAAAUCUUAACAAUCGAAUUGAUUCAAUUUUAAAUUUUCAUUCGGCUUAUCGAGUCAAUUUACAAUCCAUUGGAAAAUCACACUUUCAUCUGAUUUGUGAAUCGAUUCGACCUGAACAAAUCAUCUCCUUACGACUUUCUGAUGAUAUUGAUACACCAAAUCAAUCGAUACUUUUCUUAUCUUAUUUUCCAAUUGACAAAUUCACAAAUCUUCGAUCGAUUUCAUUGAUCCGCAUUGAGUUUAAAUCUUUACAUGAAAUUUUCUCUAAACUACACAAUUUGACUCGACUUCGUUCUCUUUCAUUUAAUUAUCCCAACGCAACCGCAGAGAAACUAAAUCAAUUUCGCUCGACUCUUCGACACUUCUACACUCGAAUACUACCUCAAUUAGAAGAUUUAUCAACAAACUGCAUUGAUUGUGUCGAGUUAAUCCCAUGUUCCAAUCUGCGUCGAUUAGAUUUUAAUGGAAAUUCAUGUGAAAAUAUUAAAUCAAUCGUUCAACACGCACCUCAACUUCAAUCGAUUACGUUUCAUGGCAAUGAUUUUGGUGUUUUUCGUCAUAUUCAGCCGUGUUAUUCAUUACGACGGCUCAGUUUGACAGUAGGAUUUUCAUUAUUAUUCAUCGAUAAAAUCGAACAAACCUUACGAAAUUUUCCGAAUUUAACUCAUUUUGACAUCAAAUCUACACAUGGAAUGAACGAUGCGAGUAUGAUUAACGGACAUUGGUGGCAAACGAUCACACAAUCUUUGACUUCCUUCAACUUUCUCUUCAGCAUGAUUGGCGGUAUAACUGAAAAAAUCCUCGAUUCAUUUCGUACACCGUUUUGGUUGAAAGAGAAAUGUUGGCUUGUGGUUGGUUUUGGUAACUAUUUAUGUACACUUACUGGUUCUGCUUUCAAUCUAUCAUAUUUCGAAAUCAAUCACGAAUCACCGAUCUAUUCAACAAUACCCAACAAUGAAAUCGUUCAAGAAUAUCAAUUCGCCAAUCUUCCGCGAUUGAUCUCGAUUAAAACAUUACGAUUGUCUUGGAAAAAAUCUUUGCAAAGUCUAUCGACUAUUGUUGAUUUAAAGCAAAUUGAAUGUUUAAUAAUUUCUCCUUCUUCAUUUCACAUUUUGAGAGAUGUUCAACGUCUUCUACCACGACUUCACACUUUAGAACUUGAAUGUGAUGACAGUUCAUCCUAUUGGUUCUAUUUAUUUGAUCAAAUCCAAUCCAUACAAAUCAAACAAAUACGUACACUCAGAUUCGAUUUUUCCCCCUAUUCACAAGAAGAGAUUUAUAAUCUUAGCAAAUUAAGUUACUCAUUUCCAUGCGUCGAACAUAUCUAUUCAUGGCCGAUCACAUCAACAACGGAUAUGGUGGAUAAUCUCAAUCAAUUUAAGCAAGUGUCGAUGUAUACAAUUGUUCAACAUAAUAGUGAUCUAUUAAUUGCACAAGAAAAUCGUCGUCAAGAUAUGCAAAUUGAGAAUAAAACUCCUUGGAAUGAUAUCGCUAUGGCAGAAGAUCAACAAAAAGAGGAUAUUCUCGGUCGAUCAAUCGAAAGACAUAGUCCACAAUUAAAUGCCAGUAAAUCAGCUCAUAUUGUUGUUCGAUUUUGA